AUGGCCAGCAACCAGAACGAGUCUGUGACGGACACUCCUGUGUUGGAGGAAGCCCCGCGCAUCGAACAGCCGAUUGAGAAUAAUAAUCGUGGAAACUUUACACGUAAUCUGAACAAGGAGGCAGAUGAGAGCGUAGCACGCAAGAUGUUCUUUGGCGGGUUGGCAUUUCUGCCAUGGCUGCAUCUAGUCAACGUUAUUUUCUACCGCAAACAGCUAAUGGACCCCAAUCUUGAUGCCAGUGUUACAUUAUGGGUGCGACGGUCACUUCUAGGUUUCUGCUUCUGGACAAUUAUCUUCAUUUCGUGGGUGCUUCUUUUUCAAUUAAAUUGGAAAGAAUUUGGCUGGCAACGUCUUGUCAUGGUUAUACCUGAUGAGGAUGAGAAUGCAGGUUGGUGA